UGGAAACGAGUGAAAAUCUCAUAUGAGAGACAUGUCAUCAUGGAGGGAUUUUGUUAGCGAAAAUCAUGAAAGUUCUUCGUUAUUUUGUUGGUACAAAAAGAAAACAAUGGCAGUUUCUCAUCGCUUGUGCUUUUUUAACAAUUAUUUGUUAUGUUACGUGGGUUUUUGAAGGACAAAAUGCAAAGAGCGGACAUAUUAGAUUAAUAUUUAAAAAUGUGUCCAAAGUGAUGGCGUCCACAAGACAUGAACUACACAGCUACAGGUAUGAAUUAGAUCAAGGAAAACUCACAUCACAAUCAAUUGAAGAUACAGCUCGCAAACAACUGCAAGUUCGUGUAGAUACGGUGAAGGGAAGGAGAAAAACAAGCAUGGUAUUUGUCAACAACAAAGCACUAGAUGAAAUAAAAUUUCAACGAGUUUCACCCAAUGUUCAUAUAUUUUACUACAUUUGGUAUGGGAACCCCAAAACAGAUGGCAAAUACAUACACUGGAAUCACAAAUACCUGCCACACUGGAGAAAAGAAAUAGCUAAAAGGUUCCAGAAUGGGGCUCACAUCCCUCCCGAUGAUAUUGGAUCAGACUUUUAUCCACAACUUGGCUGCUACAGCUCAAGUGAUGUGAGUACGAUAAAGAAUCAUAUGGAACAGAUACGUUCUUCAGGAGCAGGAGUAGUAAUUGUAUCCUGGUAUCCUGCAGGUAAAGCUGAUGAUCAAGGGAUCCCUGUUGAUGGACUUGUGCCAAAGCUUCUAGAUAUUGCUCAUGAUUUUGGUCUUAAAGUUACUCUACAUAUUGAACCAUAUAAUGGUCGUAAUGAAGAAACUCUAAGGAAAGAUGUAAUAUACAUACAUGAAAACUACUUCAAACACCCAGCAUUUUAUAAACAUAGAACUCGUGAUGAUCUUUUACCCUUGUUGUACAUAUAUGACUCUUACCAUACAUCACCACAGGAAUGGGCUGAAUUAUUAAAACCUGAGGGUAGACUGACCAUAAGAAAUACAAGAUUUGAUUGUGUGAUGAUUGCGUUAAUUGUUGUUCACGAUAGGGAUUUUAUAACUAUUGGUGGCUUUGAUGGAUUUUAUACAUAUUUUGCUGUGAAUGGGUUUACCUAUGGUUCACGUUGGAGUGCAUGGUCUGCUCUAGCAUCAUUUGCAACCCAAACUGAUACAAUCUUCAUUCCUAGUGUUGCUCCUGGCUACACUGAUAUAAGUAUACGUCCAUGGAAUUAUGAGAACACUAGAUCACGAAAUAAUGGCGAAUAUUACCGAAGGAGCUUUCAAGCAGCUCUUGCUGUUCAGCCAAAAAUCAUUUCCAUAACAUCAUUUAAUGAGUGGCAUGAAGGCAUGCAAAUUGAAACAGCCAUUCCUAAAUCAAGAAAUCAUGGUUUUAGCUAUCAUGAUUACUUUCCAAAUCAACCUGACUAUUAUCUUAAAAUUACUUCAAAAUAUGUUGAAAGACUUUUGUCAAAGAAACAGGAUGGCAACUAAAAUAUUAGUCAGCUGUGUAUAGUACUUUUCCUUUCAAUAAUGUAACACUUACGUUUUUACAUGAAAUUUUAUGAUAAAAGCAAUGGAAAA